GUCAAGCCAAUAUGGCUUCCAGCAGGGAUUGAUCACAAGAAAAAUGUGUAAAAUUUAUGAAAUACAUGUCUUAAAAGGAAUAUGGAUAUGUUUUAUGUUGAAUUAUAUAACCGUCGGUGUUUCACAGAGUACUAGCAGCUAUUCUCUUGAGAUUCAGCCAGCAGAGUUAGUCCUGGUUCAGGUCGGAGACAGCAUAAAGGCAACAUGUACAGCAGCAGGCUCCCUGGCACCACAAAACCUGCUCUGGAUAGCAGUCAAAAGCGAACAGCGUUUUGGAACAUUUCACCAACUGCGGCCUAAUAACCAGACGGUGGAGCUGUCGAUCCCAAGGGCAGAGCCGCACAUGUCCGGCACUUAUGAGUGCUUCCUGCGUGAUAGUAAGGGAGGCGUGUCCACUCGUACUCUGCAGGUCAUUGUGUUGCUGCAGGGAAAUGACGUGCUGAUUAAUAGACGCAAAACAUCGGAAAUAGCUGAUGUUUUGAAUGGUGAUUUACUGCGUACUGCAUGUAGGCAGGUCACGUUUUUCUGUAAGAACGUCUCUGGUCCGAUAUCUUGCAACAAGCUCUGCAACGGGAUCUGGGAUUGCCCACAGGGAGAGGAUGAGCUGCAGUGCAGAUACAUAGGCAAGGUGAUGGGAAGUCACUGUGAAGGCAUGUUCUCCUGCGGUAACGGGCGCUGCGUGUACAACGACUAUGUAUGCGACCAGGUGGACAACUGUGGAGACAACUCUGAUGAACUUGUGUGUGGAGACUAUAGGAAAGCUGUGACAACAGAUGCCCCACACUCCGACAUCGACGACGACUCAAUGGUCUGGCUUAAGACCACUGUCUACACAGUGAUAGGCUGCACUGUGAGCGUCGUGUUCCUGAUAUCCAUCGUUGUCAUAGCGAUAUUCAACAUCAAAAUGAAGCGGAGAGCAGAAGCCCGGGCGCUGAGGCAUGUGGAGAGAAGGAGGCGCCACAUACAUCAGUGUGACAGCAGGCACCCUGGGGCAGGGUCCCCGUUACAGAGUCAUGACCCCAUAGAACAUCAGCCAUUCAUAUCGACCCCAUCGCCCCCCCACUUUCGAAACAUAAUCGUCAAUGUGAACAAUGGAGUGCAGUACGUUCCGAUGGCAGAUCCCAGCCUUGUUGUUCCCCCACCAUCGUACUCUGAAGUGAUGGCUGAGGUGGUUGUUGACUUACACACAGGCCGCAGCUCUCCACCUCCAGAGUACAGUACCUUGGAUCGUAACCCUGACAGGCCUUCUGGUGGAAACGCAUCAGUUAGUAUCUCUCAGUCGUCAAAUCGUGCUCGUGAAUAUAAUUCUCGUCGCAAUCACAGGGACAACGCUGCGUCAGUUAGUCAUACUCAUACACAUAAUGAUAAUCAGAUGUCAAGGGAUGAAAAUUAUUAUCACAGACCUCAUUCAACCAGACAUUCUACACAUUUCUCGCAGCCCCAAAGUGUUUCUGAGACCAGCUCGCUAGGUCGAAGGGCGGCGAGACACUCUGCACGCCAUGCAAGGAAUGUCCGAGCAGUUGGCAUGCAGCGCAGACAGAAGCAACUUGUUGUCCAGGAUGGCCAAAUCUUGCUAGAGUUAGACGGCGUGGCAACUAAUUCGCCGCCUACAGAAAGAUUAAAUAGAAAUACACAGACUAACUCUUCUGAUAUUAACACCAACUGUACUUCCUCAGCACGGAAUGAGGCUAAACCGGGUCAGAUUCAAGUGCAGGAGGGUCAGAUUGUGUCUGCAAGUGACUCAGGAGAAUGCACCAGCAUUUGUGUCUCAAAACACUUCAGAGCCUGCCCAGUCUUCGGGGGCUCAGAACUUGUUAGCUAAACCAUGUCACCUGCAUGUUUGUGACGGUCAGAUUAUACUCGAAUCAAGUGGCAUGGACAGUAUUGAAGAACAUGGUAUAGAAUCUCAUAUUGCGCAAUUGUCACCAUUGGCUUCUGGGGCAACCAGUGGGACAGAUAUUUCUUGCAGCUCGGGUAAUUUGGUUGUUAAAGAUGGACAGAUUAUCUUUAAAUCGCCCUCUGUGUGAUGAACUGUUGUUAAUUUAAAGUCCCAAAUUAGUGUGAUUUAAAUUUAUUGGAGUUGUUCACAGAAAGAUGAUAUUACAUUGUAUUGUAUAUAUUUUUUGAAUUUUAAUCAUGUUUAAACAAGUUUACAUGGUAAAAAUGAAAACUAUGGGAACAUAUGUUUAAAAUGUAAAUGCUUUUCAAAAAUCAUUUAUAGACCUUCUUGAAAUCACUACAAAAAGUUAAGUACAUAAUUGUUACUUUUCAUGAGAAAGCCUGCCUUAAUGAAAUUCAAAUACUGUAGUAAACUUAAGUUAGUUAGCAGCAAAAUCUACCACAUUUUCAAUGUCAUUGUAUUGACAUACUAUUGAUUUUACAUAUGUUUCAGGCAUUAGCUUUUUAAGUAACAUUUGGACAACUUUCGCAGUCCAUACAUAAUGUUAAGAUUCUAAAGGUCAUUUAAAAACAGGGAUAAAAUUCCGAGGGUGUGCUGUUGAACAUGUAUUUUCACUUGCAUUAAACUAAUAUUUUUACACAUUAAAUGCAAACAUAAAAGAACCCAAGAUAAACCUUGUAAACACUGUAGAAGUUACAUUUCAUGCCCAAUCUUCAUGUGACUUUGUCAAAAUGUUUGUCUUAAUGAUAUCUUGGUUGAGUUCAAAGUGGUUCCGGUCCGUUGAAAAACAUGGCCGCCAGUGGGCGGGGCAGUUUUCCUUAUUUGGCUAUAGAGAAACUUUGUAAACACUCUAGAAGUCACAAUUUUUUACCAAUCAUCAUGAAAGUUAGUCAAAACAUUGGUUUUAUUGUUUUCUCGGACGAGUUCGAAAAUGGUCCAGAUCGGUGAAAAAACAUGGCCGCCAGUGGGCGUGGCAUUUUUCUCUAUAUGUAUAUAGUGGCAGUUUUCCCUAUUUGUCUAUAGAGAAAUCUUGUAAACACUCUACAAGUCACAAUAUUUGCCCAAUCAUCAUGAAAGUUGAUCAAAACAUUGGUUUUAUUGAUAUCUCGGAUGGGUCGAUAAUGGUCCGGAUUGGUGAAAAAACAUGGCCGCCAGUGUGCGGGGCAUUUUUAUGUUCCCCACUAUAGUAGUGGGGGACAUAUUGUUUUUGCCCUGUCUGUUGGUCUGUCUGUUGGUCUGUUUGCGCCAACUUUAACAUUUUGCAAUAACUUUUGCUAUAUUGAAGAUAGCAACUUCAUAUUUGGCAUGCAUGUGUAUCUCAUGAAGCUGCACAUUUUGAGUGGUGAAAGGUCAAGGUCAUCCUUCAAGGUCAGAGGUCAAAUAUAUAUGGCCAAAAUCGCUCAUUUUAUGAAUACUUUUGCAAUAUUGAAGAUAGCAACUUGAUAUUUGGCAUGCAUGUGUAUCUCAUGAAGCUGCAUAUUUUGAGUGGUGAAAGGACAAGGUCCUCCUUCAAGGUCAGAGGUCAAAUAUAUGUGGCCCAAAUCGCUUAUUUUAUAAAUACUUUUGCAAUAUUGAAUAUAGCAACUUGAUAUUUGGCAUGCAUGUGUAUCUCAUGGAGCUGCACAUUUUGAGUGGUGAAAGGUCAAGGUCAUCCUUCACAAGGUCAAGGUCAUCCUUCAAAGUCAAACGUCAUAUAGGGGGACAUUGUUUUUCACAAACGCAUCUUGUUCUCUUUAUGUUUAUAGUGAAAACAUGUAAACACUCAAGAAGUCCGUCCACCAGAUGGUUUCCGAAUGAUAACUAAAGAACGCUUAGGCCUAGGAUCAUGAAACUUACUUGGAACAUUGAUCAUGACUCGCAGAUGACCCCUAUUGAUUUUGAGGUCACUAGGUCAAGGUCAUGGUGACCCGAAAUAGUAAAAUGGUUUCCGGAUGAUAACUCAAGAACGCUUACGCCUAGGAUCAUGAAACUUCAUAGGUACAUUGAUCAUGACUCGCAGAUGACCCCUAUUGAUUUUGAGGUCACUAGGUCAAAGGUCAAGGUCACGGUGACCCAAAACAGUAAAAUGGUUUCCAGAUGAUAACUCAAGAACGCUUAUGCCUAGGAUCAUGAAACUUCAUAGGUACAUUGAUCAUGACUGGCAGAUAACCCCUAAUGAUUUUCAGGUCACUAGGUCAAAGAUCAAGGUCACAGUGACUCAACUUAGAAAAAUGGUUUCCGGAUGAUAACUCAAAAACGCUUACACCUAGGAUCAUAAAACUUCAUAGGUACAUUGAUCAUGACUGGCAGAUGACCCUAUUGAUUUUCAGGUCACUAGGUCAAAGGUCAAGGUCACAGUGACAAUAAACGUAUUCACACAAUUGCUGCCACUACAACUGACAGCCCAUAUGGGGGGCAUGCAUGUUUUACAAACAGCCCUUGUUAUUUUUGUAAGCGACUAAGUUUGAUGUUUGGAAAGGGGGGUCAACUCAAAAUAUAGGUAACAAGGUCAAAUCUUAAAAAAACAAUAACACUCCAUACGCCAGAGUUUUGGUUCAAUAAUGAUGAAACUUGACCAGGAUGUUUGUCUGGACAAUAUCUAGGUCAAGUUUGACAUGUGGUAAAGAUUGAAUGAACCGACUUCUCUCAGGUGAGCGAACUAGGGCCAUAUUGGCCCUCUUGUUUCAAUAAGGCGGGUUUUCUUAUUAUGCGACACAUGCAUUUUGUUGGUUACCAGGGUACCAGUAAAUAUUUUGUUGGUAUAUAAUGGUUAGCCUGCAUUCAUGGAACGAUUGCAUAUUUUGUUGGUAACUUACAGUGAUAAUGCAUUGAUGAAAACUACCAGUAUGUAUUUUGUUGGUAACUUACAGUGCUAAUGCAUCCAGGGUACCAGAAUGCAUUUUGUUGGUAACUUACCGGUACACUAAUCAUGCAUUCAGGGUACCAGUAUGCAUUUUGUUGGUAACUUACCGGUACACUAAUCAUGCAUCCAGGGUACCAGAAUGUAUUUUGUUGGUAACUUACCGGUACACUAAUCAUGCAUUCAGGGUACCAGUAUGUAUUUUGUUGGUAACUUACUCAUACACUAAUCAUGCAUCCAGGGUACCAGAAUGUAUUUUGUUGGUAACUUACCGGUACACUAAUCAUGCAUUCAGGGUACCAGUAUGUAUUUUGUUGGUAACUUACCCGUACACUAAUCAUGCAUCCAGGGUACCAGAAUGUAUUUUGUUGGUAACUUACCGGUACACUAAUCAUGCAUUCAGGGUACCAGAAUGUAUUUUGUUGGUAACUUACCGGUACACUAAUCAUGCAUUCAGGGUACCAGUAUGUAUUUUGUUGGUAACUUACCCAUAUACUUAUCAUGCAUUCAGGGUACCAGUAUGUAUUUUGUUGGUAACUUACCCGUACACUAAUCAUGCAUUCAGGGUACCAGUAUGUAUUUUGUUGGUAACUUACCCGUACACUAAUCAUGCAUUUAGGGCUUGAUAUUAAUGGUAGUCUUUAGACAACCACGUGUUUAGUUUAGACAUAAUUACUAUGGACUGCCAAGCAAAUCUAGGAAGAAACUUGCGCAUAAGCAUUUGACUGAAAUGAUUUAUUCAGGAAAUAAAAUACUUUCUAUGUAAAUGCAACAGAUAUGCACACAUUUAAAAAAUGUUUUUGUUUUUAAGUUGUUAGUCCUCUUGGAGUUUCUUGUAUCUUGUUUAUGAUGCGGGGUCAUACAUGCCAUUUUUUGUGUGCCAAAACACGGCAUUGAGUGAAAAAUGUGGGAACAUUUAACCUUGUAGCAGGAUACCUUAAACAAUACUGUAAAACCAUUAAAUUUCGUGUGGUACGAAUUUUCGUGGAUUUCGUUGGUCCGCUGAACCACGAAUUCAAGUACCAACGAUUAUGUAUACAAUUUUAAUCCGAAAUCAGUCAUUGUCAACAUUUUCUUUUGUUGUCGGUUAUCCGAGAUAUUUGUGGGUUUUUUUGUAACAGUUACUUCACUUCAGUUGGUCACAUUACACUAUAAUUUGACUAAAUAACAUUUAUGAUUUGAAAAUGUAAAGUGUUUGGGUAAUAAUACUUUUUAAAUCAAGAACGGUAUUUAAACUGUAUAUCAACUAUUGUUCUCUUUUACAUGACGUCAUCAAAUUAGCAUUUUGCAGAUUUAUCACAUGUCUAUUAGUGCCAAUUAAAGUUAAAAGAGGUUUAAACACGUGUAUUUUGGUGACCUUAUUAUUCAAUUGUUACUUCUAGGAGACCGAUUGCGCUGAAAAUUGCAAAUAUUGCCAAAACAACAUCAAUAUUCGAGCGGGGACCUACACGUGCGCCGCUUUAUCGCUCCUAUCGACAAUUAUCGGCAACGCUUUCAUGCCUCAGUGCACAUUAACAUCCUGUCUUGCUGUCAACACAGAUUAGCAGAUUAUGCUUCGUUAUUACUCAGGUUGUUUUAAUAAAAGUUUAAUUAUAAUGACGGUCAGUCUACCCCGAAAAUUAGAAAUCCACGAAAUUAUGUGUCAACGAAAUAGUUGUUUUUUAUUAAACCACAAAAUUUCAUACCGACGAAUUUCUAUACGUUUACAGUAUUUCACUGAAGCUGAUUAUAUCAUGCUUUUUACAAACCAGUCUUUUAUUUACAUAAUAUUCUGCAUAAUGUUGACAAUAAAUGUGUUUAAGAUUUCAUAUUCACAACAUUCACAACUUUUGGGAAUUAGACAGUUAGAUGAAUUGUGGGGUAUUUUUAGCUGAAUUAAACAAAAAUCUAGGCUAUAGAUACCGGUAAGCAACUUCAGGUGGGAUGGUGGUUACGCUGUAGUUAACAAUGUAGAUACAAGUUUUUGUAUACUUGACAUGUUUUCUUAAGUUCUUGACCAAUCUUCAUGAACAUUUACACAUAUAUUCUGUGGAUGGUCCUCUGCAAAACUGGUGCUUAUGAUUGUGCUACACUGCACAAUUUGACUGACUGAGCAAAAAAUAAUUAUGUUAAAACACAAAUUUGUUCCUGACUUUGAGAUUUGUGAAUAAUUUCAGACAAAUGUGCUUUUGGUGCUCCUCUGCUCAAUUGCACAAAAUAUAAUUGUACUUAAAAGUUGUAUAUAUUUGACAUAUUUUCUUAAGUUCUUGGUCAAUGUUCUUGAAAAUGUACACUGGUGUACCAAGGGUGGGUCCUCUAUCAAACAUAAGCACAUGGAUCCACAUACUGCACAAGAUGGCCACCAUGGCUAAUUUUGCCAAAACGGUUCCGCUCCAUUGCUCACUGCAUAUGAUGGCCACUAUAGCUAAUUUUGCCACAAUGGUUCUGCUUUAUUGCUCACUGCACAAGAUGGCCAUCAUAGCUUAUUUUGCCAAAACGGUUCCGCUCCAUUGCUCACUGCUUGUGAUUGCCACCAUUGGUAUCUUUGCCAACAUGGUUCCGGUCCAUUGGUCACUGCAAAAGAUGGCCACCAUAGCUAAUAUUGCCAAAACGGUUCCUCUCAAUUGCUCAACAUAACAGCUUGAGCAAAAAAAAAUCAAAAAAUAUAAUUGUCACACUAAAACAACACUAUAUUUUCUUCUAAUCAGAUGGCUAGAUAUUCAAAUGAUUUUACAACUGUUUUCAUUAGGCUAAACUUUUUGGAUUGGCCUAUCUGAAUGAGAUGUUCGCUUAAACUUAAAACAGCAUUCAGCCCUUUUUCCUUUACACACUGUAUAUCUGUUUAUUAAACUUGAAAACUUUUUCUCUAACCCUGACAUGAACCCUAAUUGGCAACAUAUACAUCUGACUUUAAUGGGGUUUCUGAAUUUUUCUCUUUAUCUGACAAUUAGAUGUAAUUUAUAUCCAGUUGGGAUGUGAGUGAAACCAGUUAACUUAUUACCUGAUGUGCUCGCAUCGUGCACUUUUCUUCUUUAAUUAAGAAAACCAAUCAACAAGUUAAUUCAAAUUUAGAUUGAAAGCAACGUUAUUGAAAUAUUUUCUGAAAAUGGGGUGAAAGCGACAGUAGAUUGCUAUGCAUAACAUAAAUUAAUAAGUCUGUAUUUACAUAAGAAACUUAUUUUUGACACUUUUUUGGUUUCAUUGCUUAGAUGAUCGCUCAAUUUGCCAACCAGUCAAUGCGCUAGCGCGGAAAAUCCCGAAUGUAAACAAUAAUAUUCAACUGGUCUAUUGUGUCUUUUUGCAAUCAAGAUAAAUCCGGUUAUGACAUAAAAGGAAGUACAUUAUACUCAACUGAUAGUGACAUUUACUGUUAAGGGCAAAUGCAGUAAAUCUAUAUUGGACAUUUCUGACUUUGUAUGGGUAGAAUACUAGUAGUAAGGUAAAAUAACGUCGUGACGAAAAAAAAUGGUUUCACAGUAUUAUUUUACUAGCGAUAAAAGUAAUGUUGGGCCAGAAAUCACAAAAAGCAUACAGCUUUUCUCAGAAGAUACGUAACUGUAACAAUUGGUCUGUUUGUGGCAAUUAGCAAUCGCUUUAAAAUGAUCUACAUGUAGCAUGAAAACAUGACAAAAUCAACAGAUCUCAAGCACUGAACAACAGUUUGCUAAGGGUGUAGGUGAUUUUGGCCAAACGGAGCUUGAAUUGCAACUUGUACAUGUAAUGAUGUAUAGUAAAUUAAAGAACAAGAAUAGUAUACAAUGAAUAUUGGGACAAAUCAUUGUUGGGACAAUCAUCCCUAAUUUAGGACUAUGACAUGUAUGCUUAGGGUAAAAAUUAUAUUUAUGACAUUAUUCUUAGUGUAAUAAUGAUAACAUAAAAUAACAUUUAGUUGUUAAUGAGAUUUAUUUGAAUUUAUUUGUUGAGCUCAGGGUUAUCAUAAAAUAUUUUCCACCUUGCCACAUUUCCAAUCAUCGAUAUCCUGCUUUUUUAUGUGUCAGAUUGCAAUUUUAGAAUUUAAUUUUUUUACCCAAGCAAAUUGUUAUAAAUAUGUCUUUAUCAAACAAAUGGUGUCUCUUGGUACACCUUCUUAACUUAAAUAAACACAAAUACAGAGCAUUAAACACAGAAUUUGAAAUCGUGGUCAUUUAACAUUUGAGGUUUAUUGAAAUAGCUGCUAUGAAAGCUCUUGCUUCACAUUAAAUGUAUAAUUUUAGAGGUUUUUGUUAAUGAUGAUCAGUUACAUAAAGUAGAUAUUAUUUAUGUUUAAUUACACAUUUUGACAAUUUAUUUCACAGAUUGUUACAAAUGGAUUAAUUAUGACAAGGUUAAUAGAAUUAUGAGUUUUAAAAAUGUGUUCAUGUAAUAUCAUUAAAUACUAAAAUAUGUUUUGUACAUGCUUUCUUCAAUAAAUGUUAUAGACUUUGAUGAUAAGAUUGAGUUCUCCCUUGUACAUAGAUGAAAUUGAUGUUAACCAUUCUGGCAUAUGGCAAUUUGCAGGUUUCAUUUCUAAUGAACUGCUUAUAGCGUAAGAGCAGACAUCUUUAUUCAAUGUAAAGGAGUUUUAGGACAAAGCACUACAUUGUAUAUUGAUUUUAAUUUCCCUGUUAUGAUUUUGUCAGGCAAUGGUUCUUAUGUGUCAUUCAAUACUGAUGGAAUAUAUGGUAAAUUUGUCUGUGUCCA